UCUACAGAAAGUUGAGUCACUUUGCUUCUUGUUCUCAUUGCUUUGAGUGUGAGAGUGAGCCACAGAAACAGAGUAGUGAGCGAUCAUGGUUUCUCUUUCCCAGAGGAAUGGGUUUGCAGAGUUACCAGAGGGAUGCAUAGCCAACAUACUAUCAUGGACGACUCCUAAGGACGCCAGCAGAGCCUGUGCGGUUUAUCCUCUGCUCCGUGCGGCUGCCGAGUCAGACACUGUCUGGAAGAGAAUGUUGCCGUCUGAUUGGCAAGCCAUCAUCGCCCGAUCUGUGACUCCCUUGAAUUUCUCUUCUCUGAAACACCUCUACCUCUCUCUCUUCGAUAAUCCAAUCCUCAUUGAUGGAGCUACAAAAAGCUUUUUCUUGGACAAAUUGAGUGGCAAGAAAUGUUACCUUCUCUCAGCCAGGGAGCUGAGCAUUUUAUGGGGUAAUGGUGACACUCCUCAGUAUUGGAAUUGGAUUUCUCUACCAGAAGAAUCCAGGUCUAUUAUAUCGUGGUUUACCCAAAAAAAAAAAUCAAACAGGUUCCCAGAGGGAGCGGAACUUCGUUUUGUGUGGUGGUUUGACAUCAGUGGCAGGAUGAGUACUUCCAUGCUAUCUCUGAAAAGGCGAAAACAAACUAUGCUGCUUACCUUGUGUUCAAAAGGACUGAAAGAGCCUAUGGAUUUGAUGACCCUCCUCCAAGGGCUUCAGUUGGAACUACUGGAGGUGGUGAAGUUCAUCAACAAACUGUUGGUUUGGGCCAGUCUGUCGUGGAGCCAAACCAGUAAGACCAGAUUGUACCUCCGCCGCAGAAGCAUGCUUCUCAUCCCAAGCAGAGAGAAGAUGGAUGGUUAGAGAUUGAGUUGGGUCAGUUUUUCAAUGAGGGAGGAGAAAAUGAUGAACUGCAGAUUAGACUUACAGAGGUAGAAGCUGGUAACGUGAAGACUGGCCUCAUUGUUGAAGGGAUCGAGAUCAGGCCAACAAAGGGACAGAACCAGUAGGGGACUCCACUACGAGCAAAAGCAUUGCCUUGAGGUAAGGGAUUGUGAUAUGAGGGUCUAGCAGCCCAUAUUUUUGUAAACAUGUGUUUCAAAACAAAGCUUUUUGAUAAACAUGAUUAUGCUUAUGUUUCUUUGAAAUUAUGCACGUUUUUUGUCAAACUAUACGUAUGUUUUAUAGUGAGAUAUGGA